AUGCGACCCGGCGCUAUGGCCGUCAUGUCGCACCAACAGCUUGUCCUUAUCUCGACGAUACUCGGCAGCCCUCAGAUCGUCUUGGCGCAGCAGCCACGCCGAGUCAUCCUUGACGACCUGCCAAUACCACCAUCGCCACACCGUGUUCUUGAAUACGUCGACAUUUCGACGAUCGGCAUCGACGAUGCGCCCGUGACGCCCUCGCCUCUGCCCGUGACGUCCGACAGCGCUACGGUCAGCUACUGGAUGGCCACCACGCCCAAGCACCAGCUCCCGGCAUCGCUCGACGCGCUACCGGCCAGCUCGGACGUCGUCAUCAUCGGUUCGGGCAUCACGGGUGUCUCUUGCGCAUACCACCUCAUCAACUCCCUCUCGGAAUCCAAUCGCCCCGUCUGCUCCAUCACCAUCGUCGAGGCUCGGCAGUUCUGCACAGGCGCAACAGGUCGCAAUGGCGGCCACCUCACCACCGCCUCGGCGCUUUCGUACGACGACAUCGCCGCCAACCCCGCCCAUCUACUCGGCGAGGACCUCGGCAGUCUUGGUGAUGAUGCUGUCCGCCGCAAGACAGGCGUCGCUGUCCGCGAUAUCUUGAACUUUGAGACGGCGACGGCGGAUGCGAUCCGCGGGAUCAUUGCAGAUGAAAAGGCCGAGGAGCAAGUGGGAUUCACCGACGACGCCAACUGGCACAUCUGCUUUGAGCAGGCCGAGAUCGACGCGUACGAAGCAGCGCUGUGCCAUGCUGACAAGCAUGCUGAUCUCAAGGGCUAUGUCGAUCGGGUCCGUCGCGUGCCUAAGGACGAAGUGGACAGACGCAUGCACAACCCCGCGCACAUCAAGGCGGUGUACGAGAUUCCCGGCGCAACCCUGCAUUCGCGCAACCUGGUCGCACUCAUCUACGCGCGUGCACUGCGUCGUGCCACCCACCACGGUAUCACGCUCAACCUCGUCACCGAAUGUCCCGUCACCACCAUCAGCGCUGCUUCGUCUUCCUCUGUGCUGACUACGACCAAGGGUGAGAUCACUGCUUCAUACGUCGUCCAUGCUACCAACGGGUAUGCGUCGCACCUGCUUCCGCAACUCGCCAAUCCCGCACGAGGUGGAAUUUCGCCUACACGCGCGCAGGUCGUAGCGGUACCUGCGAAGGCCAAGACGCAUCUAUGGGGGAUGGCGCUCAGCUCAAGCGAAGGUUUCAAUUACGGCCAUCAACGCCCGCGCUCCGAACACGAACCUCCAUCAGCCGAUGGGCCUCUGUACAUCAUGGGUGGUGGACGCCAAGUCGCCACCGGCAGAGAGUGGGGUAUCGCCGACGACUCGACCCUCAGCGAGGAAGUGUCGACCUUCCUGCAUCCGUACCUCGCCAACAUCUUCCCGGAAUCGUACGGGGAGGAUGUGCACUCGGAAUGGACCGGGAUUAUGGGGUAUACAAAGUCAAAAGACCCGCUGGUGGGGCCGGUGGCUGGCUACAAGCAGGGAGCUAGACAGUAUAUCGCUGCGGGUUACAGUGGGCAUGGUAUGACCAGGGCGUUUGGAUGCGCAGAGGUCGUCGCACAGAUGAUCACUGCGCAUGCAAAGGGUGAGGAGUGGGUGAAUAGCGCGAGGUUUCCGGAGUGCUAUCUAACCAAGGACGCCAAGGCGAACGGUGCAGAGCCGACGUACGCGGAGAAAGUGGGAAAGUCGGACCCAGACGACGAGGCAGCACAGCGCUGUUGCAGCGUCUCGUAG